AUGGGCAACGCCGCAUCAACUCUGGCUGGCGGUGUCGGAGACGUCCAAGAUGCCGACUUCGGCCUGGAGAGUGCUGAGGCAAUGGAGAUCAAGGAUGGGGACGUGUUCGACGAGGACCAAGCCGAGACGGAGGGGCCGCCGGCGGUCGCGUUGAAGUGGUGCACCAACGGCUGCUGGCACAAAGCCCCCACCGUCUCGGUGGUCGACGGCGUGGCAGACUCGAGCCACGCGUGGCAAAUGGACGCCGCGGCGAUCAACGUCUGGCUGAAGACGCCGGGGUCGCGGCGCGCCUUCGAGCUGAACAAACGCCUUGCUGUUGCUGGCGCGCUCUUCGCGAUUGGGGACUACGUGCACGGCCCUCUGAUCGUCGGCGCCAACGACAUGAAGGAGUUCUGCGACGCGGCCGGGUGCGAGCUGAAAGCCGACCCGGUUGCGCCGCUCGCGACUGGCCCGGUGCUCGGCAAGCUCAGCGCAACGGCCAUGGGCGGAGCGAUGAACCUGAUAUCGGCGGCCGCCACUGCGAGGUGGACUCGAAUCCACGUACUCGGUGGAUACGCGCGCCCUCCAGCAAAGAGGCGCGCGUUCACGGCGCGCCAGCCAGAGCGCGCUACGGCUGCAAAGGCGAACCAGAACCACGCGGAUUCGGUGGUGUACCGCGUCCUCGACCUCAUGGGCGUGAGAGAUGAUGGCGCGGGCUGUGCCGCGAUGUAUUGCCUGGCGAAGUCGGCAGACUUCCUGGCCGUGGCCGCCGCGCAGCGCCUGUCGGCGUGUCGGUCCAAUGAGGGCCGCGCACGGUCAGGUCAGGACCCACUUCACGGUGCGAUGGCGAUGCUGGACGCGUCGCUCGUGGAUGGCGCGCGCGCGAAAGCGCCGCAAAUUGCGUACUCGACGAACUACGUGCUGGAGGGGGACGAGCAGUGCGACGCAGUGCUGGACGGGCACGCCGGGCCGCUCGCGAUCAGAGCCGGGGGCGUGGUCGCACUCCAACGACUUGUCCUGCGGCUGAACCCUGCCUGCCAGCCCAGGCGCGACGGCGGGUGCGCGACCCUCCGCACUUCGACGCGGGCGCUGGAGCGGCCCAUUCUCGACAAUCCCGCGAUUUGCCAUCCUGCGUGGGCUUCGCUCCUCGGCGGUGUGGGCCAGAUCAUGGUCAAGGCGUCUUCGGCGCCGCUCCGGCAGGCCGCGGCGAAGGUGAGCGCGGCCUUCGCGGCCUGCGAAGAAGGCCGCAGCGGGAAGGCCUGCCGCGUAGCUUCGGACAUAAAGUGCAUGGAGCGCGGCGACUGCGCCACGUUGGUGACAGCGGCAGCUGCGUACGGCGCGCUCUUCAAGGUGAUCUCUCUUGACGCCGACGGGGCCCGGAACCUCGUGCGCGCUGUCGCGAGCAACGCGCUGGACGCGAGCAACAUUGGCCUGCUCGCGCUGGGCGCGACCUUGGAGGCGGCGCGCGCCAUGCUCAGCGGCGCCGUGACGUCUUUCGCAGACCCCAACCAGCACCAGAACGGCAAGGGCGCUGUCGACGGGCUCAUGACUGACAAUGCGGCGGGCGUGUCAGGCUCGGCUUCUGCAGGCUCGGCGACUUACACAGGCGGUCAGGCGGCGCCCGCUGAUGCGGCGACGGCCGGCGCAGCCUUCAAAAUGGAGAAGAAGACUGGAGGCGGCGGGGCAAAGCGGCCGCAAGGUGGCGCUUUCUCGCGAUUGCUCGGCGGCGGUCUGUUCGGUGAUGCGCCCCGCGCGGACCCGCUCGAAGCCGCCAUCGAGGUCCUCGCGGUCUUCAACGCACGCAAUUGCCUGUCGCCAGGUACGCUGACCUCCCUGAAGAAGCAGGACGUUCUGCGGUUUGUCCAAGAAGUUCGCAACGAGGACCGCACGGCCUGGGAGGCCUUGUACGGCUCGAUCGACGGCGCCAACGCAAUGGUUGCCAGCCUUGUCGGGGCCCGGUCGCCAGACGAGUGCAGGGCCAUCGGCGAGAUCCGCAGCGCGGUCGAGACGGGCGUGCUGGCUGUGCUCAUGGGGACGAUCGAGGACGCGUUCUACGUCGACAAGGGGAGUGGGCCUGCGCCGCCUGCUGACGAAGACGCUCGCGACGAUGUCAUACUGGCGGCGUUCCACUCGUGCAGCAAGGCGGCCGGCGCGCUCAAAGGCCAGCGUGCCGGGCGUCUCAAGCCCUCGCCGAACGAGCAGAUCCAAACCCUAGAAGCAGCGUUCGCAAAGAUCGCCAUAGCAUUCGCGCUUGACGAGGUGAAGACCGUCAUGGCAGCAACCGGGUGCAAGAACGGCGCGGGCACCUCUUACCUCGAGGUGAUCGGGCCCGAGAACAACUCCACCGCGGAGAUCAUGGACGAGAUCGGGCAAUUGAAGGAUGAGAUCGCGCAGGCAGGUGCGCCCGCGGCGAGCGGCUCGUUAUG